AUGAAGCGCGUCACAGCCUUGUACCAAACCCAGACAGCGCGAGUCAGCGUUGAUCAAGGUCAGAUCAGACAACCGCAAUAUGCAACACGUCGCAGCCAGAUCGAGGUCUACUGGCCCGUGAUGAGAAGUGAGGUGGUGGAUUAUGUGUUCUGUAAGUGGUGCCAACUGAUGAAAGGGGACACGACAGGGGCAACCCAUCCUAUGGUACCAACUGUCGUCUCAGAAAUCAGCGAGUUAUGGUCCGUUGACAUCAAGGGCCCCUUUCUGAUGGGAAUCAGCCGGAAUCAGUACAUCGUGAUAAUGCCAGAACACCUGUCGCGGUGGACUGAUGCGGCAACCGUGCCAAAUCAGGGGCGGUGA